GCUAUGGAACCCACCGUAUUCUACAUCGACGAGUGCGACAACCUCUACUCCACCGCCAAGUGGUUGGGCAAGAAGGAGGACAACCCGGCCAGAUGGAUGUCGUUUUUCCCCGCGCUCAUGAAGAUGGUGAAAAACGGCGAUCGCAUGGUGCUGAUCGGGGAAACACACAACCCGUUCAAUUGUAAGCGGCCACAGAUGUUUUCUAUGUUCAAGAACGUUCUUCUCUUCACCAUCCCUGAGUACGGCAGCCGGACCGCCAUCUGGUCGGCCUUCCUGGCAAGACUUCCGGCGUUUAAAGCUUCCACUCUCAACGUAUCCGUGCUGUCUAAGAUGACCGAGGGCUACACAGCGAGGGAGAUCCAGUUUGUCGUGGACAACGUUCUGCACGCUGACCGCAUCUCCCGCAAGAGGGCGGUCACGAACGAGGAGUUCCUGCAGUGUCUGGGCUUCAUGGGCAAACCUCCGGACGUCACGGAAGUCUGGACCAACUGGUACAUGUCCACGCCAAUGGUCAAGCAACACAUGGACUGGCUGAGGGCUAUGGACGAGCUGGAUGAACUACUUGAUUCGGAGGAAUAGUAGAUUCAUAGGGUAUCAUUACACUGAGAGAUAGUUCCGAAGUUACAUUCAUUGUAUUUUAAGACGGCAGUGCGUUUGGCUUGCAAAGUUAUUUAGUACGGCACU